AUGACAGAUGAAGAGAUUGUUAAUGCCAUCAAAGAAAAGCGCUUUGCUGAUGCAAAGCGUGAGAUUAAUUCCAAGAUGCUGAGGUUUCCUCAGAAAAAUCAGUAUCGUGUCUUGAAUGCUUUUUAUCUUUUGAGUACUGGAUCUUUGAAAGAAGCGCUCGAUGAGUGCAAUGCGAUCAAAGCCAAGUCACCAAGUGACCAUUUCACUUUGAAUCUUCUCUUUGAAAUUUACUGUCAACUUGGGAGGAAGAACGAUGGUCAAUCUGUCUUCGAAAUCGCAGCAAAAAAAUAUCCGUCGCCGGACCUUAUUUUGUCGUGGUUCAAGAAACUGCAACAACUUCUUGAUGCCCAGAUGUUGCAGAGAUCUGCCGCGGCUCUCAAAAAAUGCAUGCCUCUGAAUCGGCUGUAUCAUCUCCAAUCAGUCUUUGCUGACUUGACCAGGAGUUUAGAAACCAAAUCAGAGAAGGAGGCACAGACGCUCUUGGAGUCAGCAUUGAAGGCGAUGGAAAAGUUACAGCCUUUGCAAACAAACCAAGAGGCAUUUCUAUUAUCUUCAGUUUUGAAGAGAAAGCAAGAUUUUAGCUCUAUCGUUUCAGUGUUGGAACCUGUCCAAUGCAAAGAGCUUGAAUUGACGCUUUUGCUUCUUGAAGCACUUGACAAAUCGGAAAACUGGGAGAAAUUGUAUCACUAUUGCCAAGUAUUGCUUUUUGAGGACGAAUUCAACGACUAUGACACAUGGAAGUACCUCAUUAAAGCUGGAUUUGCAUUGAAGAUCCCACAAGAAGAACUUUCAGCGCGUCUUAAGUUUGACUCGAGAAACUCAUAUGUUGCGAACAUGGAGAUCUGUAGAGUCUAUAAUUCUGGUCUUGAACAAGCUGUCGAGACCUAUUUUGAUGAGUUCAAAGACAAACUGUGCUGUGCGUCUGACCUUCUUGCUUUUGACCUAAGCGAGUGCUUUAGGCAGAAGAUUCGUGAAAAGCAAAGUACGCUUUUCAAAGAAAGUGAGCUCCAAAAUGGCUUAGCAACCACAUGUGUGAAUAUUGAGAAGAUUUUGACAAGAUUUGACAAGCAUGACAUUGAGUGGACCAAAUUUGCAAGAUUCGAAAAUUCAGAACUUAACGAUUUGUAUCUUGCUUCCAUGGUUCAAUCAUUACGCCAUGAAGUUUCUAUCAAAAAGGUGAUAGAAUACAUCAUAAAACUUGAAAGUUUAUCCGAACGGGACCCCGACAACUUCAAUAUAAAGCUUUGGUUGCUUAACCUCUACUCGUGUAUUUGCGGAUCAAGCAUGGCCAUCGAAACUUACGAAAAUUUAAAAAUCAAAAUGAUUCAACACGAUGCGCUUUCAUACAAAUUGAAUCUCGAGCCUUCAAUCAAAAAUCUCAAUCAUCUUAUAAAAAUUUACAGGUUUUAUUUGACUGGCGAGAACGAAAUGAACACUUACUUCGGUAUUGCUCUCAAAAAGGGUCUAUUUACAAAACUUGAAGACUUAUAUCAGUUUUCCAAGAGAUUCAAAAGCUCCUUCUCAAAACACUUUUUGGUAUUACAAAUUUUGAAAUUCAGCCGCAUGUUGAACAAUAAUUACUAUGACUAUUUCGUGAAUCUUAUAAAAGACAAAAAAGCGGAGAUAUUAAGUGAUGGAUUCGAAGUCUCAGAUAACAGAGACUUCGAUACUGAUUACAAAUUGGGUUUCGAUUUCGAGGGGAAAGUCAUGUUUAAUUUUGAGUCAAAGAAGACGAAAGAGUAUGUGCAGUUGCAUUACCUCAAAGAGCUUCUCAUCGCAGAGAAUCAAGAUGUCGAGGCGAAGAGGUUGCUUAAGCUCCUUGAUAAAUGGAUGUGUAAUCCUCGGUUCACCAAGACCUUAAGCCCCUCUGAGAUCUAUUUUUUCAAACUCUUGCACGUCAUCUUUAAGCUAAGCCAGGGCGCGGUAGACAAGGAUCAAGACCAAUGCAUGAACUUCUUGACUAAAAACCUUGAUUUCAAAAUAAUUUCUCUGAAUUUCCUUGCGAAAACGUCACCCUUGUCAAGCGCUGCAAAUAAGAUUCUUACUGACUCCUUGGAAUUGGUGAAAGUGAUGAACCAUUUACUGAGCGACGACCUGCUCACAGCCUUGAGCAAGAAAUUCCAUCAAGGCUUGAUCCAGCACGUUGUUACAAACCCGGAAAUGACCCAGUUCAAGGACAUUAAAGCAUCUUUAAAAUUGGACGACCUCCCCAAGUCUUCCAUUCAAUCGCAGUUGGAAAGGCUUGAGGAUGGCAUUCGCGCCUCAAAAUUUAAAAUGCGUUAG